AGUAUUUUGAUGUUUUUCUGUAGCGUAAGGUCUGAGAAAAGCAUGUAAAAAGUUGGUAAAAAUCGGACCUCUUCAAAUUCAUGUUCUUCAAGCCAAUAUUAUUUAAAUAUGGUUUAACGUUCACACCCACUUGUAUAUCUGAAUAAUGAUCAUGUCACUGGUUAAAAGUGGGUAUUUUUCAUACUGACUAUAAUUGAUAAUACUUUGUUUACAAUAACCUUCUUCUUCCUUGAAAACAGGUUCAAGGAACAUUUAUUAAUCACAUAGGCCUCUGGCCCAAAUAAUAUACAAAGUAUGAUAUUAACAAAAUUAGAGUGCAUUUAAAUAUUCUUUUCUACGUUUAAAUGCGUAAAAUAAGCAUUUUGAUAACUUUGAAAUGAGAUAAAUAUUUUUAGUAGACAUUAAAUUAAGAAAUUUGAAUUCAGACGGAGUGUCUGUGUAACAGGUAAAUAGAAAUUUAGUUCUAAUAUCUGAAUAAAAAGGGCAAACUAAGGUAAAAUGAUAUUCAUCUUCGACUUUUUGUAACGAACAUAAUUUGCAUAAUCUUUCAUUUUUAUUAACAUUAUACCAUCUUCCUUUUUCCAAUUCUAAUUCUAAUAUCCCCAAUCUUAAUUUAGUAAGGAUUUGUUUAUGUCUGUGAUUGUCUACCUUUGUUAGAUACUCCUCUACUCUGAAUUCAUGUUUAAUUUGUGAAUAUAAUUUUAAUUUAGAAUGUUGCCUAAUUAUUUCAAAAAACUUUUGAUUCUCAAUGUCUGUUAACCUUUGUUUUAGAUUAAACAAAGGUUAACAGACAGUUAAGUUCAUGCCAAAUAUCUCCAAACUCAAUGGAACAUAAUAGAUUUUUUACAUCACUGCGUUUCAAAGCUAAUGCUUCCAGUUUUUCUAAAUUAUAAAUGAUUUCAUUGUUUUUUUUAUAUAUAUAUUUUACGUAAAUAAAAGUUAUGAAAUUGAAAUUAUAAUUGGUGUGCUGAUUGUCUUGCCGACUAAACGUAUGUCUUGACACUGUCGAGUUGCCAUCAGCUUUGAGCAUCCAAGCUACACAUCUUAAUCUUUAAGUUUACCCCUACCUACUUACCUAAAUGCACGAUUAUAUACCGGUAAUAGUUAAUGAACCUGGUACCUUUUUUAAGUAACAUAACCUAGUAUUAGUCCACCUUUGACAAGUAAAUGCAUUGAAAAAAAAGAUUAUUAAUACGAUGAAACUAUACAAACUAAUUUUUACAUAGGACUAGAACUGAAAAUUAAAGUACAAUAAUAACUUCAGGAGUUUUCCUGCAGCUGCCAUGUGUUGUAAACAACAACGAUGCCUACAGUGGUCCAGCUUUCCAAGACCCGCCUGCCACAAAUACAUUAGACAACGAUGAUAUGACAGACAAAGUUAAUUGUUCUGCUCCGCAAAAAUGGCAGUCAAUUCCGGACCGCUGUGAUGAGGAGGCUAAUGACUUCUACUUUCGAGAUGAGCUUGAACCGGAUACUGACGGAGAUCUCGGGGAAGAAGAAGAUGAUUUGGGUAACUUGAUAAAUAUUAUGCAGGAUACUCUAGACUUAACUGUACAAGAUCACAAUGCUACAACCACUGAUGACACGGUUGGAGUUUUCUCACCAACAGUCUGUGCCACCAAAAUCAAUGAUCUAAGAAUAGAAUGUGAAAUGAAACUAGGAAAAGAUGCAUUCCGGAAAGCAUACGCAUUCCUAAAGGACGCAAAAUUUGACAAGAAAGACGGUAUGGCAACAUUGGAUGAAAAUGCAAUCAAGAAGGGUCUUCGACAGUUUGUCCAUAACCCGAGUGACUGCUCUCUCGUUGAUAAACUUCUGUUCUUGGAGGAACAAGCUAAGAUAAUGAAAUGUUCGACCAACGUACAAACUGAAUCCUCAUCAAAACGAAGAUUUAAGGAGCCUAAGAAAGAAACGAAUAAGCACCGUGUGCUGGCAAAUAGGUACAGAGUAGAAAGAGAGUUGGAUAGUGGCAGUUUUGCGACUGUAUUUCUUGUCUCUGACAUUAAAGCAAAUAACGUCAGAGAACAUGGAGAAUGGAAAGCUAUGAAGAGGAUUAUAUGCUCAUAUAAAACAGGUCUUUCAGUACAACAUGAAGCUGAUGUACUCUUACUUCUGAAACACCCUAAUGUUGUUAGAUUUUAUGACAGUUUUGUCGAUGGGGGUAUGUUCUAUAUUAUUACGGAAUAUUGUGAGGACGGAGACCUAGAUAAAAAGAUUAAAGCAUGGAAGAAAGAAGGCAAGCUCUUUGACCAAGAAGUUGUUAUGGACUGGUUUGUGCAAUUAAUCCGAGGUCUGCAGUAUAUACAUAAACGGGAUGUGAUUCACCGCGAUCUAAAACCUGCAAACGUCUUUUUAAAGAAUAAUAUGAUUAAGAUCGGGGAUGUUGGUAUUUCGCGUGUAUUGACAGGGGCAGACUCUACAUGGUCAUUUGUCGGAACACCUUGCUACAUGUGCCCAGAGAUAAUGGAAGGGAAGAUGUAUAACAACAAAUGUGACAUAUGGGCUGUUGGUUGUAUACUGUUUGAGAUCUGUGCUUUACGAUGUGCAUUUGAAGGUGACAACUUCAUGAAUAAGAUAUUUAAUGUCCAACUGCCUGAUAUACCACAAACCUAUCACCAGGAUGUACAAGAACUUAUACACAUAUUAAUAGUGAAAGAUCCUAUAAAAAGACCAUCUGCUACGGAAAUACUUGAUAUAGCCUUUGUAGCACGACAUCUAGAGCCAAGGGUUGUUAAUAACCCCGAUGUUUGUAAUGAUGCGGCAUUCCAAUCCCAGCUUCUUCCCAGCAUACAAUAGCUGUCCACAAUACCAUACACGUGCUGAUACUGCUACACUGUCACACGGCAAACUAACAAAGGACAAGGUAUCGUAUCUUGGAUUGGAUUCUGUGGAAACACCAAGGAUAGCCCACAAAAGUCUAGAAGAAACUUAUUUCCAGUGGGGUCCUUCUGGUGGUGAUUGGACAGUAGCCUACACCGUGAGACAAUAACGUGCACAUGGGUCUCAUCCGAAAGUGCGCUAUUGUAACUUGCAUUUCAGCCCUCUAGCUGAAACCCAAGGAGAGGCAGCGAUGGGAAUUGAACCGGGGACUUAGAGAUCUUCACGGUUCAGUGCACACACAGUGGCUACCAGCUACCACUGAGCUAAGCUGCUCUUGCAAACUUUACAUUAAUAUGCAUGUUACCAUCAGUAUGCAUUGGUAAAUUUGUAGCUUGUUAGCAAUGCCGUAGGCAAAAUUUUCAAACAGUGCGGGACAAUAUCAGGGUUGAUCCACUUUACUCGUAAAUUCAAAUAAUGUGGACCCAUUUUCUUAAAAGUUGACCCAUUUUACAAAAAUAUGAAA